GUAUCCAGGGCGUGGUGGAGGCGUAUCAGGCCUGCCUCCCUAAGCUGCAGCUCUACGGUCCCACCAAUAUCGCCCCCAUCAUCCAGAAGGUCGCCAACUCCGCCUCACAGGAGGUCCACACCAAAGAGGCCAUGCAAUACUUCAUCCUGCUGAUCCUGACAGACGGCGUCAUUACGGACAUGGCCGACACCAGGGAAGCCAUCGUCCAGGCAUCCCACCUCCCCAUGUCCGUCAUCAUUGUCGGGAUAGGAAACGCAGACUUCAGCGACAUGCAGAUGCUGGACGGUGACGACGGGAUCCUGCGAUCGCCUAAAGGGGAGCCUUGCCUCCGGGACAUCGUCCAGUUCGUCCCCUUCCGUAAUUUCAAACAUGCGUCACCAGCUGCUCUGGCUAAGAGCGUGCUAGCAGAGGUGCCCAACCAGGUGGUCGACUACUACAACAGCAAGGGCAUCAAGCCCAAAGUGCCCAGCGAGUACCAGUCUUCCAGGCAGUUUGGCCCCUGAGCUCGAACCUCCACAGCUGCCUCCAACAGACUGAGAACUAUGUUUACUGUGUUGUCUUCUUUGUCCAAGCGGAUGUUAAAGGUGCUACGUGCAGCAUUUUACCACAAAGAGAUGCCUCAUUUCAGAUGUGAUGAUAGGAAACCUGCAGCUUCUACACAGAUUUCACAUUAACAAGCCUGAGGGGAAGUUCUGCAGAAUUACUUGAUGUCACAAAACAGGUGCAUAGUGUUUAAUUUACUGAUGUUAUUUAGAAGGUAGAAGAUGGGAAGCUGCUGGAAGUGACAGGAAGCAUAGGAGGUAACAGAUAUAAACACAUCUCCUACAAACGCUGGAUUUACCGUUCGAGGCUGCAGGAGCGGUCCAAGAUCAGACGCUUUAAUGUGCCAAUCCAACGAGCGAUGUGUAAAUCCAGACGUUUGCAUGCCCAAUCUAACACUGAUCAGGUUCUUCGUUCUGCUAGCAUGUGAGCUAAUGUAGAAAACCUCAGAUUUGUAAGAGAUGUCUGGAUUUAGGGAGUUUUUAAUUCUUUGUUACCAUUGCCAGUCAGCCUUUCUGAUGGUGAGAAUUCAGAGCUCAAUCCGUUUGUUUCAGCACUUGGCCUUCCUGAACCAAAGCACAUCAACAGGAUGUUCUCUGAUUGGGGCGUUUUUGACCUCGGCUGCAGGAGCAGGCCUUCGUUUGAAUGCAGUGCAACACAUGCUCAUCCUUUUGCUGAGGGUGUUUUUUUAAUGAACCCCUUUGUUUGCCCUGGGGUGAAUGCAUUUGACUGCACGGUCGUUCUAGCUGAGAUAAUCCCUUCCGUUAUUUACAUCCCCUUCAGAGAGAAGCAUUUGUUUUAAUGUGUCGUAGAAAAGCUUUGGAGCUGCAAAGUUUCCAUAGCGCUUACAAAGUAGCUACUGCCGUCUAGUGCCAGUUUUUUGUUACUACAAAAUACAGUUUAGCACAAAGUAUGGAGCUAUCACUAUUGCAAAACUUAUUUUAUUGCUUAGAUAGAUCCACAAAUGUGUACACCAUCCGUCAAUCAGUCACUUCAGGUUAUCUGAGGUCGGGUCACAGUGGCAGCAGACGAAGUUGGUCAACCCAGACUUCCCUCUCCCCCCAGCAACAUUUUCCAGCUCGUCCUGGUGGAUCCUGAGGCGUUUGUCGGGAUAUAUAAUCUCUCCAGGGAGCUCUGGAUCUACUUCUGGGUCUCCUCCCAUUUGGGCAUGCAUUGAAAACCUCCAAACGGGGGAAACCAGGAGGAUCCUAUCAGAUGUUGAACCACUUUAACUAGCUCAUUUUGAUGUGAAGGAAUGUCUAAGCCCCUCCCUCUCUCUCUAACGCUGAGCCCAGACUCCCUCCAGAGGAAACCAAUUUCAGCCGCUUGUAUCCUCGAUCUUAUUCUGUCACUACUCAAAGCUCAUGACCACAGGUGAGAGUCGGAAAACAAACAUCGAGCGGUAAAUUGAGAGCUUUGCUAAGGCAAGCCUCUUAACUGGCUCUUGGUUUACUUGCAACGUUUCAACACUUCUGCCGUGUAAGAUCUGUAAAAAUUGGAACGUGAUCCACAAAUGUCUGUGGCGAGCGUUUUAUUUAGCUCAGGACAGGGUCGUGUUUUGCUGGUCACUUAAAUCGAGGUAGUCUUAAAAAACAGUGUUUGUAUUUGUGGAUCUAUUCAUGAAAAGUUAGUUUUUCAAGAAUGAUGGCUUCAUAUUUAUCAUAAUUUUGAACAUCAUAGAAAUAAUAAUAAUAAUAAUAAUAAAGUUUAUUUAUAUAGCGCUUUUCGCAGACAAAGGUCACAAAGUGCUUUACAUCAACAAAAAACACAAAAACAGCAUACAAACAAUGAAAGAAGAAAAAUAAAAAAUGAGUACGACAUGGACAACAAUAUAAAAUCCUGCUAUAACCAGGAACAAUAAAACAUAGAUGAGCAGGUACACUGGGUUGACCUGAUUACCCAUCGGCCUGUCUAAACAUUCAUGUUUUGAAUUGUUUUUUAAAAGAAUCAACAGUCAGAAAGCUGCGAUGUUUACAGGAAAUGAAGAACAGCGUCAUUAAAAGCUGAGGAGGACGUGUAAAAAUGCUAACGCUAGCACCUUUAGCAUCCGCUGUGCAUGCGGUGCCUUCAGGGGCCGAGCUGAUCGUGACCUUCAGGAGUGUUUUUAACGGACAUGAAAAAGCACACAAACACAACACUGACCAAUCCAGACGCUGUUUCCCUGCAGACAGCAUGACGUGCAGGGAAACUGUGGAUAAAGGAAUGUAUGACUCCUCCCCCCCUUCUGGUUUGUUUUUAUAAAAGUUUAUGGAGAUUUUGCAAAAAUUUCGUAAAGUUCGUACAUGUAAAGCAUUUUGGAUCUCUGCCAGGUGAAGAGGCGAGCGGCCUUCCCAGACGUCUGCAUCCUGUUCUUCUGAAGGCGAGGCAGAUGCAUGAGCUGUUGUUUUGCAUGCAAAUCUCCAUGCUGGACGCCCCGGGUCCUUGUGGUUUCUGUUAGUGAAUGGUAUGAUUAAUAACCAUGUUUACAAUUUACCCGACGACGGGGCUGUUCUACUCUCAAGCAUGUUCACGUCAAUGGAAAUGUGUGAGUAGAUUGAAAAGCACAACCUGAGUGUCUUUGGAGAGUUUUUAGAUCUUUUAGAUUUUUGGACAUUUUUGUGCCUCGGCGCCUGCCCCGCCCCGUCCCGUCUGCGUCUCUGAACACCUCAUUUUGAAAUUCAGUAUUUCAAGGAGCCAACCACACGUUGAGAUUAUUUCUUCUCUAGACAUUUCCUCUUUUCUUUUUGAAAACUAAAGCUGAAGAAGUUCUUCACAUCUUCAUGACCUUCCAUUUAAGUGAAACAAAUCAUUCUAGAAAUCAUUUUUUCUCUAGAAAAUCUCACAUUGAUUUCAAACCAAAAGAGAGGAACAUUUAGCACAACACGGUUUAAUAAACAGCCAGCGUUAAUUCAAGCUGCUCAACAAGGAAACAUGAAAUGAGGACUUCUUGUGUCCCUGCAUUGUAAAAGUCUAGCAAUGUUGAGAUUUCAUUUUAAAGGGAUAGUUCUGUAUUUUUGAAGGGUGGUUGUUUGAGGUACUUGUCAGGAGUAGGUAUAUUAUCCAGAGGAGACGUUGGUUAGCUCCGCCCCUUUAAGGAGAGACCGACAUGAGAGCUGGGCUAUACAGCUCUGCAUGUAGUCUCUAAAAUAUAGGUGUAAAAAGUCAAAAAAUAAAUAAAUCUCAGCGCUUUAGUUUCCACAAGCAAGCCACUUUGUUUUAGCCUGACAUCAUCACACCACAUAUGCGUUCCUCAUAAACUCUGAGCUCAUAUACUCGAACCAAGAGAGCUAUGGGACUUGGUAAAAACAGGACUUCAGGACCAGCGGCAUCCACAUGCCUGCAGUCUGCAGGUCUCACCACCCGAGCUCCCCGCCCACAUGGAAGCUGACAUUUAUACAGACCUUCUUUAAUGUUUCGCAAAUUAAGUUGGACCAGAAAAGCUGAAAGGAAGUUUGUCUUGAAAGUUGGUGUUUAGCUCAUCAUUACACACUUGUUAAAAGAAAGUGGCUUUUUCAUGAAGUAAAGAGCUGUGAAUUAUAUUAAUAUAGCGUGCAUUUAUUCCUGCAUUCUUUGGCUCUGUUUUUCUUCAAAUUAGCUAAAUUAGACCCGUCUGCAGAGCGCUCUAGCUGAGCUUCUGUACCUGCUCAGGCCAGUCUCUCUUUAAAGGCUUUAUAUGUGAUGUUUUGAUCCAGCAGAUGUCGCCCUUGAGCACCAGCAUGAAACCAAAAACAACUUGCGCUGCAUUGUUGUGUUAGC